CACAUGUUCAUUUGUGUGUUUAUAUCCACAAAACAUGAAAAAUGACAUACAUCACCAUGAAUGAGGGUCUUGCUAUGCUGCAAUUGUUUCACUUCCCUGGCUAACCUGUUUCGUUCAUCAUUUACAUAUUGAUUGAUCAACUUUGGAUUUGAAGAGAUUGGUAGGCAGAGGUGAGAUGAAGAAGGCUUUUGGUAAGGCAAAAUCACAUGGAGAAUAUAAGGGAUUGGAUACUGCAAUUGUUAAGGCAACAAACUUUGAUCAUGCAUUGCCAAAGGAAAAACAUAUUCGAUAUAUUUUCCAGUCACUUUCCCCAUCAAAACCUCGCAGUGAGGUCGCUUAUUGUAUUCAUUCGCUUGCAAGACGUCUCAACGAAACUAAUAAUUGGGCUGUUGUUCUGAAAACCCUUAUUAUCAUACAUCGUGCAAUGAGGGAGCUUGACAAUACAGUUUGGGAAGAGCUUGUUAAUUAUAGUAAAGGAAGAGGCCAUUUGAUUGAUAUAUCUCACUUUCAUGAUACCUCAAUCCCAAAUGCCUUGGAUUAUUCUGUUUGGAUACGUAAUUACGGUCUUUUCCUCGGAGAACGCCUACGAUGUUUUAUCAUAGUCAACCAUGAUGUUGCAGCUUAUACCCCAAGCAAUUCCCAAAAGCUUGACACCAAGGAACUGCUGGAGCAAUUGCCAGCCCUACAAAAUCUUCUAUUUCGGCUACUUGAUUCCAAGCCAGGGGGUGCGUCUGCUUUUAAUCGUUUGAUUCAGUAUGCUCUCUCAAUGAUUGCUGGGGAAAGUGUUAAAAUAUAUGUUGCAAUAACUGUUAGAGUGGUGGAACUACUUGACAAGUUUUUCGAGAUGAACCGUGAUGAUGCGGUUAGUGCAUUGAAGAUUUAUAGAAAAUCUGGAAGUCAGGCAGAGAGGUUAUCUCAGUUCUUUGAGACCUGCAGGGCCCUAGACUUUGGAAGGGGGCAUAAAUUCAUCAAUAUCAAACAGCCUCCUGCUUCCUUUAUGACGACUAUGGAAGAAUAUAUUAAGGAGGCUCCCAACACUUUAAUGCUCGAGUACGAAGUGAAUGGCAAAGAGGAAGGAAGUACUGGUAAAGAAGAUGGAACAUGUGUAGGUGAUUUGUUGAGUGUAGAUGAGUCAGAUCCUUCUCCAGACAAGAAUGAGGCUACUGUACCGACACAAGCAGCCGAUCUUAUGGGCUUGUAUGACUUACUAACAGGUGCAUCUGAAUUUGAUGAAAAUCCAGUAGCAUUGGCAAUUGUUUCAACCGAAAAUUCUUUGAAUUCCAACAAUGAUGAGAAUGAAGCAAGUCCAAUAACAGGUUGGGAGGUUGCACUUUUUACAGAGCAAAAUAUGGUUGCAGUUGCAGAGAAUAAAGAGUUAGGUCUUCAAAAUAAGCAGGAUGACGAAGUUGACAUGUUAAAACUUGAGGGUUUAUAUAAUGAAGCUAAUGCUGGGGUACAACAUGAUGGAGGUUACCAGAUAGGCCAAGUGAAUUCCAACCCUUUUGAUUUUCAGACUAUUCAUGAUCCUACACAAUAUAACAUGGCAUUGGAAGUACCCCCAAAUGUCUUUUGUGUUCCCCCUAACAUACCACCCCAAUUUGUAAGCAUGCAACCCUACCAAGUUUCUAAUAAUAAUGCUCAACAACAGCAGGAGGAACCAUUCACAAUGAUUAAAAAAUCAACCAAUCCAUUCGAUGAACCGAAUAUAUUGCCGCCGCCGCCUUCAACCUCAGUUGUUCCCCAACAUCCAGCUCAGACUACUUAUUCUGAUUAGAUAUAAGAGACGGAUAUGGUUGAUUGCUUACUCACCUGUUUGUACAUUCCAAACACAAAAAUGCAAGCAACAUGAAGCACCAUGUUUGGUAACAUUAUACAAUGGUCAUUCUUGCGUCCAUAGGCAAAUCCACUGUGAUUUUUAGGAAGUAAGAAAUUAUAGCAGUGAAGGGAUGCACGGUGUGCAUGUGUUAACAAACACACGCUAAACAUAUGUUUGGAAAUUUGGCCAUUGGAAUAUUACUGCUAUUUUAACAAAGCUGUAAAUAGUAGAUUUUUGUAGGAUAUGCAACAAAUUGGUAUGACUGUGAAAACAAACAGGCUAUAACUCUGUCUGCAUCACCAUGCAUGGUACAAAUCACAUCUAUACUAAUUUUGAUAUUAUUCAAAUAUUUUUUU